AUGGAUCUAGUAGCAGGGGUUCGGAAAGAAGGCAGCCGCGGUGGUCGCGGUGAAUUCAAAUGGGAAGAUGUCCGGGACUCACAACACAGAGAGAAUUACCUCGGUCACAGUCUCAUGGCUCCCGUCGGCCGCUGGCAAAAGAACAAAGAUCUAAACUGGUACGCCAAAGGGGACACGUCCGCCGCCGCCCUCUCCGCCGCCGAAGCCCGCAAAGAGGAAAUACGACGGAUCAAGGAGGCCGAAGAAAGUGCUCUCAGUGAAGCGCUUGGCUAUGGGCCUACUAUACGAAGUAAUGCGAAUGAGACACCCAUUGGGCGGAAGGAGGUUGAGAAAGCGAUCAAGGAGACUGCGGAGGGUGAUGACGAGGAGGGUGCUAAGGGUGUCGAGAGAGAGGUAUUCGCAUGGAAGGGAGCGGUCGAGGAGCUACGAGAGGAGAAGAGAUAA